AUGCCAGCUCUACCGUUCCCUCAGAAGCAAAGAAGAGAGAAGUUGGAAAAACAAUUCGAGCGCUUUCUAGAAUUGCUCAAGCAGGUGCAUGUAAAUAUACCUUUCAUAGAGGUGCUCUCUCAGAUGUCAGCUUAUGCUAAAUUCAUGAAGGAGAUAUUGUCCAAGAAGCAAAAAGCGGAAGAGACAUCAGUUGUCAUGCUAACAGAGCAUUGUGCUUCUAUUAAUCUUAUGUCGUUGUCAAUUUUCAGGAAAUUAGAGGGAGAGAUUGGAGAAAUCAGGUUGAUACCUAUAUCCUUGCAGCUGGCGGAUCAGAUCACAAUCAUACCUAAAAGAAUAGUGGAAGAUGUGCUGGUUUGGGUAGACAAAUUUCUGUUCCCUGUGGACUUCAUUGUGGUGAACAUGGAGGAAAAUAGGGAGGUCCCUUUGAUUUUAGGAAGACCAUUCUUGGCUAUAGGAAAAACAAUUCUAGAUAUCCAAGAAAGGCAGCUCAUGCUCAGAGUGGGGGAUAAAAAGCUGAUUUUCAAAAUGAAAGGAGAAAGGAGAGCCCUGAAGGAGCAACUUGGAGAGAGUCAAGCGAAUAAGCGUGGGGUGUACCCAAAGAAGGCAGAAAAGAAGCUUUCUACGCGGAUGUGUACAUCGGGUCGGGUGUGCAAAAGAGAUGCCGACUUUGAUUCAGAUCCCGACUAG